AUGAAUUCCGUCGAUGCUUCCGAGCAUUACGACCUAGGAGCCACAGAUCUCGCUCCGUCUCUUCUUACUAUCAUUCUUGACACAAAUCCACACGCUUGGGCCGCCCUCGAAAAAUCACUCUCCCUCUCACAAGCCGUCGCAAACAUCCUCGUCUUCAUCAAUGCCCACCUAGCCUGCAACUACGCAAACGAAGUUGCUGUCGUCGCAUCCCACAGCCAAAAAGCAGCAUGGCUCUACCCGGUUCUCAGCACUACGCACGAGUCCGCAGACCGCGAAGGUGACGUCGCGAUGAACGUCACAAACGGCGAAGCACCCACAAGUCAAACAAACAAAUACCGGCCUUUCCGUUUAGUCGAAGAGCAAGUCACAACCAACCUUCAAAAUCUACUUGAUUCCACAACCAGCGAUGACAUCCGCGAGAAUAUGUCAACCAUGAUAGCCGGUGCGUUGACACUAGCCCUCAGCAAUAUCAACCGGCGAACAAUCGCUUGGGCCGAGGAGCACGGGGGUAAAGAGUUAGACGACGCAGCAGGUGAAGGGGCAGGAGGUAGAGCGGGUGGCGGCGGUGGCCCAGGAGCAUCGAACAGAUAUGCUGCUGAUGAUGACGAGCGGUUGCAGAGCCGCAUCUUGAUUCUGUCGGUCAGCGGAUCUGGCGACUCGGCGCAUCAGUACAUCCCCGUGAUGAACAGCAUUUUCGCAUGCCAGCGUCUCCACAUCCCCAUCGACGUAUGCAAGCUUAGCGGCGACGCGGUGUUCCUGCAGCAGGCCUGUGACGCCACCAAGGGCGUCUACAUGUCCCUGUCAGAGCCGAGGGGUUUGCUACAAUACUUGAUGAUGGCCUUCCUGCCUGACCAGCGUUCUCGUCGGCAUCUUGUAUUGCCGACGCGAGUGGAUGUGGAUUUCCGUGCUGCGUGCUUUUGCCAUCGUCGCGUCGUGGAUAUCGGGUUUGUAUGUUCGAUUUGUUUGAGCAUAUUUUGUGAGCCGCCGCCUGAUAAUAAUUGUUUGACUUGUGGGACAUCUUUGGGUGCAGGCGACUAUGGUUUGAAACCGGCGCUGAUUCCGAGGAAGAAGAAAAAGAAGAAGCGGGUGAAUGGGGCCUCGGCGGCUGGAACGCCUAUGUCUACUCCUACGCCUGGUCCUUAG